AUUUGUGAUAAGUCACUAACGUGGCUGAUCCGUUCAUUCACAUUUGCAAACAGCGGUGCUAUUUACAACCUGCUUGGUAAAUGUGCCGGCUUUAUUUUUUCAUUGGAACGGCGUUUUCUCUUCUAGCAACCUGCAUCGGUGUUUCGAAAUGUCCAAAUGGCACCUUCGAGGAAGAAAACGCUACUGCUUUGGUUAACAUAAUUAAUGGAGCGAGAAGGAAGUUGGGGGACGGUUUGCAAACUACUGUAAAUGGAACAUUAUUACCACCUGCCAAAAACAUGAAUGUUCUGCAAUGGGAUUGCGAAAUGGAAGAGAAAUUGAUUGAGAUGACUCCUAAAGCGUGCAACGAUUUUGAUUAUGAAGGCAAUUUUUUUUGGUUUACAUAUGACACCGAAAGUUUCGAAAACUUUUUCGCAUACAUCAAAGAAUGUCUCGCAAAAGUAGAAAACAAAGCACCGACAAACAUUACGAGCGAAGCCGUUUACUUCUAUGAUGAAAACUGCGAUGAUUGGUAUGAGCUGUGGGAAUACUCGCAUCUCAUUAGGCCUAGCACGCGGAACUUUGCAUGCAUCAGAGUGGAUGGUCAAUGUGUUGCCUAUGGCGCCAACAAGUUACUGUUUUUCUGUGGCACAGAACAAGAACGGCUUAAAAAUGGUGAUAUAUUCUACGAGAUAGCAAAGGCUACAACUAGCACCGCGGAAACUAGCAUGAUCCUCAAGUCAUCCACUACAUCAUCAGCCACUGCAUCAUCAGUCACUAUAUCAUCAGUCACUACAUCAUCAACCGCUGGACUGAAUAUAACACGAUGCGCAACACCAACAAUGACGCCAAUAUGUCCAACGGUGCCACCGAGAAGAGUUAAAAAAGAGGCAACAGCACCUGCUAAAAAUCAUCUCGUAAAGAAAUUAGAUGCCCUGGAAAAGGAAAAAGGUAUAACAGAGUCGCCGAGAAGAGAGGCAAAAGCUGCACAUUUUAAGAGUUUUCUUAUGAAAAAAGCAGCUUUAGCAAAAAGAAGAGGAAAAACCCAUCGUAAGCAGCUUCGCAACACGCCCAUGACACUAACGGCUCACCGCAAGCAUGCAGCCAAGACAACGACUGGAAACUGAAUGCCGGCUUUGGAACGAGACAUCCAGCAAUGUUUCCUUGUGCUGUUAUUCUUUUAAUGACUUCGUAAUUUUCCUUUUUUGCCAAAAAUGGCAUCGCUAAUUCUGAAAAAGUAAUUGUUUCAAAUACUAUUGCCCAUAAUCAACGGCAACACGUUUUAUUUCAACUUCACUAAUGUGGAAAUAAAGCUAAUAAAAAGU